AUGUCGUCACAGUUUAAACAACUAGAAAAGUUAGGGAAUGGUACAUAUGCAACAGUGUAUAAGGGAUUAAAUAAAACAACGGGUGUUUAUGUUGCAUUAAAGGAAGUAAAAUUAGAUUCUGAAGAAGGUACACCUUCUACUGCAAUUCGUGAAAUAUCAUUAAUGAAAGAAUUAAAACAUGAAAAUAUUGUACGUUUAUAUGAUGUAAUUCAUACGGAGAAUAAAUUAACUUUAGUAUUUGAAUAUAUGGAUAAUGAUUUAAAGAAAUAUAUGGAUUCUUUAACUGUAGGAAAUAAUCCACAAGGUUUGGAAUUACAUUUAGUUAAAUAUUUCCAAUGGCAAUUAUUAGAAGGUUUAGCAUUUUGUCAUGAAAAUAAAAUUUUACAUCGUGAUUUAAAACCACAAAAUUUAUUAAUUAAUAAAAGAGGACAAUUGAAACUUGGAGAUUUUGGUUUAGCUAGAGCAUUUGGAAUACCAGUAAAUACAUUUUCAAGUGAAGUAGUAACAUUGUGGUACCGUGCACCUGAUGUUUUAAUGGGCUCUAGAACUUAUACUACAUCGAUUGAUAUUUGGUCAUGUGGUUGUAUCCUUGCAGAAAUGAUAACUGGUAAACCAUUGUUUCCGGGGACAAAUGAUGAAGAACAAUUGAAAUUAAUCUUUGAAAUGAUGGGUAUGCCAACAGAGGCCACAUGGCCAGGUGUUAGUCAAUUACCAAAAUAUGCAACUAGUAGUGCUAGUUUCCAACAACAACAUCCUCAACAAUUACAACCAAAGGAUCUAAAAGCGUUAUUACAAGCAAACUGCAAAGAGAAGUUAGAUGAUGUGGUUAUCAAUCUUUUGCAUGGUUUGUUACAAUUGAAUCCAGACAUGCGUCUUGGCGCCAAACAGGCUCUUCAUCACACUUGGUUCUCCGAGUACUACCAAAGACAAACCUAA